UAGCUCAUUCCUCUCAUCCAAGUUCCUUUCCAGAUAUCUACAGCUAAAAUCUGAGUUUCAACCAAAGCAUUUUUUGUAUUUCUUUCCAUAUUUUCAGCUAAAGUUCUCUGGCUUUUUGUAAACUAUAUUAAAAUGAAGAGAACCACAGAAGUUGGAGAAAUCAAUGCCAUGGACAUGGCAAACUGCUUGAUGUUGUUAUCUAACGUUGGCCAAACCGACGGGAAGCAUCAUUACCAGGAUGCCGGUCGUGUCUUUGCAUGCAAGACGUGUAAUAAAAGGUUUCCAUCUUUUCAAGCGCUCGGAGGUCACAGAGCAAGCCAUAAGAAGCCGAGGCUAACAGGAGGAGAUGUUCAGGAGAUUCCGGUUUCACCUAAGAAGCCAAAGACCCACGAGUGUUCCAUCUGUGGACUGGAAUUCCCCAUCGGCCAAGCUCUCGGCGGUCACAUGAGGAGACACAGGGCUUCCUUAAACGAAGGGUCGUUGGUGACUCGGGACUUGUUGCUGGAGAUGGAUAAGUUGAGCGAAGAUGGAAGUGAUUUGGGUUUGAAUCUGAGCCUGACGCCUUGGGGAACAGAUUUGGAGCUGAAGCUGGGGAAGGUGGAGACGACUCCUGUUGUCCAUUGUUUUAUAUAAGAUCUUUUUGUUGU